AAAAACUAUGCAAAAUUGUCUAUGCGUCAUCAGCGAAACUUCGCGUGUGUGUGAUCAAGGAAGAUUAUUUAUAAUUCAGUUUUAAUUAUAGAUUUCUUUUAUAUACAUCCCAAACUUAGUUAGGAAGGAGCGUUUGUGGACUGCGACGCUCCGUCGGCGCGCCACGAAUGCGGAAACAUGUGUUUUGAUGUGAACAUCAAAUCAUGAUACAUGACAACAAAUUAUAAUUUAUCGAAGUUUACUUCGUUGUUAAUUGUGCAUAGAAGUGAUAAAGGGUUGUUGUGAGAUCGAGCGGUAGCGGUGAUUACUCGCUUGGAUCUGUGUGAGGCUGGUGAUAAGUGAUAAAGUGCGGUCAUUUCCGGUGUGUUGUUCGUGAUGUGGGCGCCCCGGUGAAGUUCCUGCUGAGUUGUUCUGACGUCCUGGUACUGCCAUGGCGAACACAGGGAUCGGGGUCUCCUUUGACCCUAAUGAUAUGACCAGCUGGUACUUCAGAGAGCUAUCCCGCGCUGAAGCCACAAGGUUACUGCUGAACGAGACUGAAAGUGGCGUGUUCCUCGUCAGGGACUCCAAGACUAUCACGGGAGACUAUGUCUUAUGUGUCAGAGAAGACGACCGUGUCUCCCACUACAUUAUAAACCGCGUGGUCUCCGCGGACGGCGCAAUCCGGUUCCGCAUAGGAGACCAGCUCUUCGCAGACAUGCCAGCACUCCUGGCCUUCUACAGACUCCAUUACCUGGACACGACACCGUUGGUUAGGCCUCUGCCCCAGGCGUUGGCGAGGGUGGCGGCGCCUCCGCCCCAGCAGCCUCAUCAGGUGUUGGAGCUGGUUAUCGCAAAGUUUGAUUUUUCAGGCAAUGACGCAGACGACCUGCCCUUCCGUCGCGGGGAGCGGCUGAUGGUCAUCAACCGUGAUGAGGAGCAGUGGUGGACCGCUCGCAACAGCCUCGGCCGGACCGGGUCUAUACCCGUGCCUUAUGUGCAGAGGAUCCUGGACCCGUCGGGUGUGCCGUACCCGCCCACCGAGGCACACAACCACCUCACGGACCCGCCCAGCCCGCCCAGCAGCAAGCCGCAGCAGCGCUCUAAUAUGCAGCGUACUCUCCCGGCGCUGGCGCGGGUGAAGCAGCCGCGGGUGCCCAACGCGUACGACAAGACCGCGCUCAAGCUCGAGGAGGGAGACAUUAUUAAAGUAACAAAAAUCAACAUAAACGGGCAAUGGGAGGGCGAGUUACACGGCAAAGUAGGUCAUUUCCCAUUCACCUGCGUCGAAUUCCUGGACGAAAACCAGGCUAGUUAAGAUUGUGACCUCACAGCACCAUAGACAAGCUUGUCGAUGGUAUAGGCUUUAUGGACUGUGCCCACCGAUUUGGGCUUCUCAUUGCACAAUAGUCAUGGUGAAAAGUGUAUUUUAUUGUGAAUUUUUCGAAUUCCAUAUUUAAACUUUAUCAUAGACAAUUUUUGUACAUGACAGAAUCUAUGGUUACUGGUUUUGUUUAUGGUAACACCGUAGAGAAACUGGUGUUGCCAGUAUAGCUUGUGUUUUGGUUGUUUUGGUAUGGAAUUCGAAAAUAAAUCAUACUGCUAUAGACUAAUAAAUACUUUGUGUAAAAAACUUUUAAUUAUUUCCAAUUUUGUAAAACAGUUUUAGUGAAUAAACUAACUUAGCUCACGCAGGACGCACAAACAUGUAUUUUAUACAUCAUUAUUUACACUUUAUAUAAAAAAAUAUUGUAAUUAUAUAAUUUUUUGUAAUCGAAAUCUACUAAAAACUAAAAAUAUUUUAAAAAUCGAUAUUGAGAUUAUUCGAAACUCAUUUUGACGUGUAUUUAUUAUUAUUGUUUUUUCGUGCAUUUUACUGCAUUUUUCUAAUGUUUAUAGAUCGUGUAAAAAUUGUAUUGUCGCAUCAUUUUAAAUGUAUGACAUUUUUUGAGUAUAAUUCGUGUCAAAAUUACAUUAUUUCUGUGGGAAUAAUGUUAAACUAGAAAUUAAAAAGUCAUGUCAGAAGCUUAUUCGGCUCGAAGGACCAUUAUAAAUGUCUAGCUACUAAUAAAAAGCUUGAUGUUAAACUAACUUUAGAACAAUUAGACAUUGUACUAAUUCAUUCAAUUGUUGAUUUCUCUACCAUAGACGGAAAAUUACUAAAUCAAGGUAUUAAAUACAAAAUUCUGUAUGUGAAAGUGUGAAAAUUUUGUAUCAUAGACUAAAAUACUAAAAACACCAAAACAUAGACUAAAGAAAGACGUGAAUCAUCUUUUCGUAAAGUCAAGAAAAAUAUCCUACAUCUUAUUGUUAAGGUACGUUUGAAUGCUAGCUGCCGACUCUCAACUGCCGACCGCAAGAGGUUGUAUGUAUUUACAUACAACCGUUUUGUAUCGAACCGGUGCUGCACGUGCAGUCGCCCUCACAUAUCGACCGACUUAUGCAAUCGCUGCAUUUGCGGUCGACAGUUGAAGUCGACAACUAACAUUCAGGACGCAACUUUAAAGUGCUUUUAAAUAACUUACUAAAACAUUAAUGGCCUUACUACAAAAACUUUAAACCCUGUUUUACACUUGUCUAAUAAAAUUUUGGCUGCAAAAUGAACCAUAUGUCAACGUCAUAAUUUGACAUUUUUUUAAACAAGGCAUAAACUGACGUUUAAAAGCUUUUGUGGUAAGACGGUAAUAGUUUUUUUGGUACCAACAUAAAUAGAAAUGAUUUAAAGUUUAAAGGAAUACUAUUUACCUAAUACAUAUACCAUAAAAAAUGGUUAGUUUACACAAAGCUUUUCUCUGACCCAACAACACACACUCUCUUCCAUUUGAAAAUAACACAUUUGUCAAAAAAUGAUGGCGACGUCGUUAGAUCAAUUUGUUGAUUCAAUUAAUUUAGUUUUAAGUGUAAUAGACCGGGCAUUGUAUACUCUGGUAAUAUAUACUUGUAUAGUAUAAUAUUUUGUAAUAAGCAGUUACCUAAAUGUUGUGGAGACCGAAAUUGUGUUUGGUCAAACAUUCUGUGCCUACUAUCUAUAUAACAUUACUAACUUGUCGUUUACUGUGAAAUUACUGCAAAAUUCGUAGCAAAACUGUGUUAAGGAAACUCGACGAGGCUUUCAUGCUGUUGGUAAAAUUAAACCUUUGUUAUAUGGGAAAUCAUCAAAUGCAGCGUGAGGGAGUGUCAGACUCUUACUGACUAAAACCGAUCAUGUUCAUUAUUAAGGCCUUUAUGUACCAGGGCCGCGGUAACUCUUUCGCACACAAUUACAAUCCCACAGCCCCGGCAGGCUUUGGCCGUGGUGGGCCCUACUGGGCUACCUUAGAAUGAUAUUUGGGAUGCUUCACAAUUGGGUGGAUGACUAGGUCAAAAAUAAAUUACGUUGUCAUAUUCAUUUAGUGAAGCAUCUAAAAAUAAUGUCACUUCCAUUUAUCGUUUUGAUGGAAUAAUUGAUUAAAUUUUUUUAUUGAUAAUAUAAGCUAAAUAAGAAUCCAGUUUGAUGUGAAAAAUCUGUGACGUCAUAAGUUGCGCUUACAUACAUAUUGCAAAGAAAGUGACAGUUUUUGACAGUUAAAUAAAAGUAAUGAAUUUGACUCGUUGGAAACUACCGUAUUAUAUGGUUAUUUGUCAAAACCAAGUUCCCCACAAUUUCGGUCUUCACACUACCAACAAAUGUUUCCAAUUAGGAAUUGAAUAUUUAUAUUGUAUACAUCGAACGUUGACUGUUAGCAUUUAACGUUUAUACUUAUAUAUUAUACAUUUUUGACAUGACGUUGAUUAUAACAUGCUUUCAGAUGGCAUAUUAAUCCCACUAACUCAUUAUUGUCGUAAUAUAGCUCAGGCUUUUACGUUGAGAGAAUAAAAUGGCGAAUAUGUAAAAAAUAUUGGCAGUUGUUGACAGUGAAAUGUGUCUAAAGGUACUUUUUGAAUGCUAGCUGCCAACUGCCGACCGCGACUGCAGGCCGCAGUUGCACUACUGGUUUGUAUGUAUUUACUUGAAACCAUUUAGGAUCGAAGCGGCAGCAACAUGUGCAGUGGCUGUUAUUGUCGGUAUCUGACAGCGCAGUCACGGCACAGCAGUCGGCAGCUAGCAUUUAAAACGUACCUUAAACCUUGAUACAUUUAAUUUAACUGAGGUGUAAUGACUAUUAUAAUCAAAUGUUGAAACAAUCAUUGUAUAUUGAUGUGGCGAAAUGCGAAUAUGCAAAAUGUUGUCAUUACACCUUUGACAAAAAUAAUACGAUUGUGAGAUAGAUCAUUUUUUAAAUAAAUCACUAGAAUAUAGCGAGCUCGAUCAUUAAAAAGUUGGUCAAAUAUAUAUUUUUAGGGUAAGCUCACUUGAAAUAUACUCGAGUCACAGGCAAAAAGGUUAUAAAAGAUAUCACUCUUUUAUCUUUUAAGUGAAUUUUUUUUUUCUUUUUCUACACAAAUCAAUCUUGUUCUUCCAGUUUCAUUUUUUGUACCAUUAAUUUUAUAGUUUAAGUUUUUAUUUUAAUGAUGACGUCGUAAAGUUAUGUAAAUAUGAUUUUCCACCGAUAUUUCUUGUGACUUGAGUUAUUUUUGAAGUACCACCUUGUUUCUGACAGUAUGCCAUUCAAAAAUAGCCUUUAUGACCUUGGUAAUAAGAAUGUAUUUAGGGUUGCUUGUAUAUCGUAAUGCAUUUUUUGGUUAUCGCCAAAAAUCAUCGAAAUAUAGUAGACUUUAGCAUCUUACAUUGCAUAUCAUUAUAAUCAAUUAAAAUUGUCAUACUAUAUUAUAGCCAAAGUAUGCCGACAACAUAAACGUCAAUAGACAACCAGCCUUACCUAGGAGUAUCGGGUUGCCCGGGUAACUGGGUUGAGGAGGUCAGAUAGGCAGUCGCUCCUUGUAAAGCACUAGUACUCAGCUACAUCCGGUUAGACUGGAAGCCUACCCCAACGUAGUUGGGAAAAGGCUAGUCAGAUGAGAUGAUGAUGAACAUCCGUUAUUCUUAAAACAUUUACUUUGAAACUUGUUUGAAAAUUCAUAGUAAACAGUAUUUUUUUAAAGAAAAUUUACGUUUAUGUUGUCGUUGAACUUUGGCGUCAAAUUAUGUGCUUAGAUAUUCUUGCUUGUAUACGAUUCAAUAAUUAUUCGUGUUUAUGUGAAAAAGUAAUUGCUGUUUUUGAUACUCUCAAUCAACGGUCGUUGAACUCUCAGAAAUGAGGUGUAAAUCUUCCAAAAUAUAUCAUAGUCAAUAUUUUUAUAAUCGCGCAGGUGCAAGAAGUAUUUAGUUUAGUAUUAUGGUAGAUGUUGGCCAAGUUUAUUUACAUUGUUGUCUUCUUUCAUUUUCAUUCAUAUUAAAGUAAGUUUCAAAGCUAUUACGUGCAGCCGCUCUCAGAUAUCGACCGAAUUCAUGCAGUCGCUGCAAGUGCAGUCGGUUGUUGCAGUCGACAGCAUGCAUUCAAAACGCACCUUUACUUGAGAUUUCAGACUCCAUUUUUGUUUCGCGCGGGUUUUUUUUUGUACUAGAUGUUUUUAGUUCUCUUUUAUAGCUCUUCCAUAAUAAUUAUAACAUAUUCUUUUUCAUGAUAUUGACCCCAAAUGAAAUUGGGAUAAGGGCAGGAGGAUGAUAAUGAUUCUUUUUCAUGAUAUUUUUUUUUCUAACAAUGUUUUUGAACUUAGCCAACAUAAGUGAAAGUAUUGAAUUUUAAAGGAGAAUGCUCGUCAUCAUUAUUUAAUUCGGGACUAGUACAUACCAAAAUGUUAUUGUCAUUGUAUAGAACCAUUAUAUUUUGAGAUUAUGUGUCAUAUUAUAAUGCAUUGUACACUCUUUUAAGUCAUAUAAAAAGUUAAAAAAUAAUCUAAUUUUUUAUUAAGUUAUGUGUAACGGUUCGAAAUAAAUUUUAGGAAAGA